AUGCGAACUCCAGGAGGGCAUCCGGCUGCGACACCUCACUUCCGCCUCCCGGAAGUUUCUGGGCCGCCCGCCUUUCCUCCCAGGCUGCUCCGCGCCGGCCGCGCCUCGCGAUUGGCUGAGCCGCCCUGGCGGCGGCGGUUGCCCAGGCAUGGAGAAGCAGCCGCGCAGCCCGAGUCUUCCGUGGCUUCCGCUGGAGUUAGAGCCCUGGUUCUCAAAUUCGAGUACAUGCAGAAGUCACCCAGGGAGCUUGUUGAAAAGGCAGAUUUCUGGACACCUGCCCCGGUGCUCAGCCCCCAUUUCCUCAGCUCUGCAGCGGGGUAUGUAGGGCACUGCAGGCCUGGUGGGCUGGGGCGCGGGGUGCGGGGAGAAGCAGGCUCCUUCCCAGUGGGGUUCACGUGCUGUACCCUGCAGAAGGAGCUCCUGGCUGCCUUUGACUGUGGGGACCAGAAGGCGUUCUUCCGCCUGUGGGAGGAGUGCAUCCCGCGAGCCAUCCGGGAUGGGGACCCCGGGGCACAGAAGCUGGAGUUCUACCUGCACAUCCACUUUGCCGUCUACCUGCUCAAGUACCACACUGGCACGCAGGACAAGCGGGAGCUGGACAAGCGGAUUUCGUAUUUCAAAUCCUUCCUGGAGACCAGGGGCGCGGCCCUGAGCCAGACCACGGAGUUCCUGCCCUUCUAUGCCCUCCCCUUCGUGCCCAACCCCCUGGCGCACCCCUCCUUUCAGGAGCUCUUCCAGGAUUCCUGGACUCCAGAGUUAAAGUUAAAGCUGGAGAAAUUUCUAGAGUUAAUUUUUAAAGCCAGUAACACACCCAAGCUUUUAACAAUCUAUAAGGAGAACGGACAGCACAACAAAGAGACACUGCAGCAGCUGCACCAGCAGCUGGUCGAGGCCGAGCGCAGGUCCAUGACGUACUUGAAGCGGUACAAUAAGAUCCAGGCCGACUACCACAACCUCAUUGGGGUCACGGCUGAGCUGGUGGAUUCUCUGGAGGCAACAGUGAGCGGCAAGAUGAUCACACCCGAGUACCUGCAGAGCGUCUGUGUCCGCCUCUUCAGCAACCAGAUGCGACAGAGCCUGGCAAACAGCGUGGACUUCACCAGGCCCGGGACGGCCUCAACCAUGCUGCGCGCCUCCCUGGCCCCAGGGAAACUGCAGGAUGUCCCCCUGCUGCCCUCCCUGGACUACGAGAAACUGAAGAAGGAUUUGAUUUGGGGGAGCUACCGUCUGAAAGCCUUCUUGCUGCAGGCUCUGCGCUGGCGCCUCACCACGUCGCGCCCUGGAGAGCAGCGAGAGACGGUGCUGCAGGCCUACAUCAGCAAUGACCUCCUGGACUGCCGCAGCCACAGCCAGAGGAGCGUGCUGCAGCUGCUGCACUCCAAGAGUGAGGUGGUCCGGCAGUACAUGGCCCGGCUCGUCAAUGCCAUGGCUUCUCUAGCUGAAGGUCGCCUGUACCUGGCCCAGAAUAUGCAAGUGCUGAGGCUGCUGGAGAGCAGGCUGAAGGAGGAAGACAAGGACGUGGUCACCCGUGAGAACGUGCUCGGGGCCCUGCAAAAGUUCAGCCUCAGGCGCCCGCUGCAGACAGUGAUGAUCCGGGACGGCCUCGUCUUCUGGCUGAUCGACAUGCUGCGGGAGCCCGACGCCCUGUCCGACUACACCCUGGAGUACGCAGUGGCCCUGCUCAUGAACCUGUGCCUCCGCAGCGCAGGGAAGAACGAGUGUGCCACAGUGGCCGGCCUGGUGCUCAAAGUGCUCUCGGAUCUCCUGGGCCACGAGAACCAUGAGAUACAGCCGUAUGUGAAUGGAGCACUGUACAGCAUCCUGUCCAUUCCAUCCAUUCGGGAAGAGGCUAGAGCGAUGGGCAUGGAGGACAUGCUGCGCUGCUUCAUCAGAGAGGGCAACGCCGAGAUGACCCGCCAGGUGGAGUUCAUCCUCCAGCAGCUGAACUCCGAAGAGCUGCCUGACAGCGGUCUUGAGUCUGACGAUGAGGAGGAGGAGGAGGGUGAUGAGCAGGAGGACCAGGACACCAUGGAAGCAGACCUGGACAAGGACGAGCUGAUUCAGCCACAGCUUGGGGAGCUCUCGGGCGAGAAGCUGCUGACCGCGGAGUACCUGGGGAUCAUGACCAACACGGGGAAGACGCGGCGGAGGGGCCAGGCCAGCAUGCAGCGGAGUGGGGAUGGGCCCCUGCGCAGGCCUGUCACCCCCAGUGGCCACAGGACCGGGUGCCCAGUGCUUGAAGACCAUCUCGCCUCUCCCCAGAAUGCCCAACAGGCCAGACACGGGUCCCCACGGUCCCUGCGGGCCAGCUACUCAGAGCCCACACCCGGGGUCCAUGAGCACCCCCCGCCCUCGCCAUCUGCGGACACCACAGCAGAACCACAGGAAGAGCCAUGGCAGACAGCCAGCUGGUCAAAGGAGCCACCUCAGAACCCAGGCAGCGGAGAGACCACCAGGGAAUUUCCCUCAGCCUUCGCCUGCCAUCCCCGGAUGCCCCGCACUCCAGAGACCAUGGAGUCGCUGCCCAAGGUGAAAGCAUCGGCACUGGCCCCCCAGUUCUCCUCCUGUGGCCCCCAGCAGGCCAGCCGCACCAGCUCCACCGCACCCUCCACCAGGACCUUACAGGGCGACCAGUCCUGCCGGAAGUGAGAGCAGCUGCCUUCCUGGGUGUCACUGUCACACUGCUCAAGGACCUGCCAGAAGCUGCAGGUGACAGAUGUGAAGAGACAGUUGCUUAUGAGACAGUGCGGGGCCCUCCAGCCACCCAGGGGCAAGCUGUUGGCCCCACCCUGGGAGGUGCUUGCAGGGGGCACCCCAUCAAGGAGAAAGGCAGGACAGCAGGCUGUGGGCUCCUGGUCCUCCGCCUUCCCAGGUACCCAGCUGAGCAGACAGCCUCUUCCAAGGCAGACGAGAGUGGCCUCAUGGGAGCCAGGUGUCCUCAUAGCCCUUCCAGCUCCACAGUGUAACCCGCCAGGCAGCCACAGGCCCCCCGCUGCUGGGGACGGGGACACAGAGGCAGGGAGCCUUAUUCCAGCCACACACCUCUGAGCCACACUGUAUUUUCCUGCUGAAAAUGGUGUGUUCCUGUGUGCUCACAGCAACCCUGUACCCUGCACAUUUUUAAAGGCUUUAGGAAAGUUUCCCAGUUUAAUUAAUGCUGUUUUCCACACCUCAUUAAGACCACAAACAAGGGCCGGCAAGCUAGCUCAGUGGACUAAAGCACCUGCUUCAGCAAGCUCAGGGACUACAGUUCGAUCCUCAGCACCCCAAG